AACGCUGAGGAGGAAUGCCACUGUUGUGUGCAUGGAGGAGACGGAGCUCAUGGUGGUCGACAAGGAAGACUUCUUCGCUAACAAGAUGGAUGUAGAGCUCAAGAGGGAGUUUGACUAUCGCUUCAGGUUCUUCCGGUCACUCCAGCUAGUGUCCUCCUGGUCAUACUCUCUCAUUGAACAGAUGGCUGACCAUUCCAAGGCCGAGCUAAUUUCGCUACGGCCACGUGGUCGUCAAGGACACCAACGACAUGGGCAACAUCAUUUUCAUUGGCAAGGGCCAAUGUGACGUGUUGAGAGUGGUGGAUCUUACCUCCUGCAGUGCCUACCAACGCCUCCUAAAACAGUAUGCAGACUCAGUAAGCAGAGGUACAUGUUUGCCAACACAUGGAUUCAAAGGCGAGCUGACAAACCAACCAGGAAGUGUCAUAAAACACAAAGUCCUCCUCAAUAAUCCUCCACGUCCUCCCAGAGGACUUCCUGCAGACCUGCCCACUAGUGCCUGUUUCCUGAUCGACACCCUUCAUCAGAGCAGCACAUUUGGUCUGAACCAGUACCUGAUGCCGUCGAAGCAGAGAGACUGUCACAGGUUCACUCUGGUCAGCCAGAGCGUGGAGAUCCUGCGGGUGGAGAAGACUCGCUUUGACAAGCUGGUGGACAACACCACCAUGAAGAAGCUGGAGGCCCUGCAGAAAACCUACCCUAGCGACAAUGAGCUGUGCACUGUGUUCCUGGAACACAGCCGCUGGAAGGACUACAAACACAGCGUGGUACAGGACCUGUUCCCCCACCGGGUUGCCCCAAUCAGAAGCCCCAAAACCCAGAAGCAGCAGGGCCACUGUGGCCCCAGCCAGGCCCUCCAGCAGACCAGAUACGUGGUCAACAGGCUGAAACAGACAAAGCAGAGGGUAGAGCCAAAAAUAAUUAAAUAAAGGACUAAAUGUGUAGAUGAAUGAAUACAUAGACAUGGUUUUAUCAAUAUGCUUCAAGUUGGAGCGUUUGCUGCAUUCUUCAUUAUUUUCAUGCAUUUCGUUAACAUCAGGCAGAAAUCAAAUUAUCUGCACACCAUAAUACCAUUUCUCAAGAAGAAAGGUUUUGAAGUAUAAUUUCUCAUGAGUGGGUCAUGAGAAAACAUACUUUAAACCCUUCUGCCCCUGCUCUCUGUGAGUA